CUUAAAGAGCGUUCAUUUUUGAGUAAGUUGCGUGAACGUAUCUAUGCUGGAUUGGUAGGAACGUGCUUUUGCUCUUCGCGAAUUAAAUAGUUUCUUUUUACUUUCGGACGCGAACACGAAUCAUUUUAGGAAGGUUGGAUAGUGAACUUGAUUUCUCCCUAGAAAGCUUUGUAACGGUUUUUUCGUUUUAAGGAUUUUUUGAUUUUUAAUCUUUGACUACCUACAUUCGUUUUUUGUGUUGUUUUAAAGAGUUUGGGUCGUUUUCGGGUGUCAUUUCUCUUAUUGCAUUUUUGGUGAUCUCGCAAAUCUUUUUCUUUUCCUACUUUUUUAUUGCUUUUUUUUUUGUAAUCAGCAUUUUGUACUAUGCAUCAAUUUCAAGUGAAAGUACCUGCUUCCUCUGCAAACAUCGGCCCUGGCUUCGAUGUGCUAGGAAUGUCGUUGGAGGUCUAUAUGACUCUCGACGUGCAAGUCAGCGAUGACAAGAGUGAAUGUGUUUUGACUUACGAAGGAGAUGGUGCUGAAGAAGUACCUUUGGAUAUCCAUAAAAAUAUGAUUACUCAGACUGCUCUUUAUGUUCUACGAUGCCACGAUAUUCAUGAAUUUCCAAUGGCGACAAAAAUUCAUGUGAAGAAUCCUAUACCUUUAGGACGCGGUAUGGGUUCCAGUGGUUCUGCUGCUAUUGCGGGUGUUAUGCUUGCUAAUGAGCUUGCUCAAUUGAAGUUAUCCAAAUUACAAAUGAUGGAUUACGUUUUGAUGAUUGAGCGUCAUCCCGACAACGUUAUGGCUUCUAUGAUGGGUGGUUUUGUAGGCUCUUUUCUUCGUGAGUUAUCGAAUACUGAAAAAGAAGCUAUGAUUCCUUCUGCCAGUGAUCUUCUAAACAAUAAAGCAUUUUCUAGACCUCCAGAGAACAUGGGACGAUAUACAAAGCUUCCAUGGGCUCCUGAACUGAAGGCGCUUGUUGUCAUUCCUCAGUUCCACCUUUCCACCUCAAAAGCUAGAAGUGUCUUGCCUUCCUCCUAUACGAAGCCAGAUGUUAUUUAUAACCUUCAACGUUUGGCACUCUUGACUACAGCCUUGGGCCAGACUCCCGUGAAUCAUCAAGUUAUUCAUGAGGUAAUGAAGGAUAAAGUUCAUCAACCUUACCGCUCUCAAUUGAUUCCUGGACUUCAAACGAUCCUUGCUCAAAUGACGCCCGAAUCUCAACCAGGCCUAUGUGGUAUUUGUCUUUCUGGUGCCGGUCCCACGAUUCUCUCCUUGGCUACGGAUCAUUAUGAAGAAAUUGCUGAGAAAAUGCUCACUAUUUUCAAGCAAAAUAACGUGGAGUGUACUUAUAUGGUUCUUUCUCCAGCGUUUGAGGGUGCAAGUGUCUUGUAAAUAAGAUCAUCGCGUACUGGAGAGGGUAUGGUUUGAUAGAUGUGAAAGUUCAAUAUUGGGGAACAUUGUGUAAUUUAUAUAUUCCUUUCGUUAGAACUAUUUUUUUAUAGAAAAAAAAAUCGUAUUUUGUUGUUAUUUAUGACACGCUUGUACUUUUACUACUUGGGUUACUCGGUUUUCACGUUUCGAGCAACUCUUCUGUAGAAUGCGUUUUCUAAAAAUCUUAGAUUUUGCGUCUUUUUUCUAUAGUGUCUAGGUUCAUUUCCGAGGAUCAGCAAUAAAAACCAUAACGGUUUCUAUUUUUCUAAUGAAGACAGCAAUAAAUAUUCCUUUCCUUCAGGAUCAAAGUAUCCCAAUGGUCCCUUCUCACAUUCACCGCAUGCCAGUAAUUUGAUGUUGCUAGCCAAGGGUUUUGAAACACUGAUAUUAUCGAACGCAAAAGGAUCCUUAAGACUAUAGUAACGCUCUGAUUCCGACGGACCUUUUUCAGCAGCACCUAGGAUAGAUCGUAGCGUAGGUUUCUCAACCACAGCAGGUCUCUCGUUUGAAAAGACGACACUGGGACAAUGGGGACAAGUGAUGUGAAGCCUUGACAUUUUUACUUAAUCUACAACGAUAUGUCAAAAGAUACUUUUUAGGCUAUAGAAUAUUUUAGGGAUGGAAAAUUUAGCCCGUAAUAAUACAGCACCUAAAAAGAAUAUAGAAAAGUAGGAUGAAACGAAAAACCACCGUAGGUAGACAGCUAUCCCCUCUCUUGCGAAUAACGAAAUUCAAGACAGACCUUGAAUAAUGAAGUGUAAGAAGUUUUUCAUGACUCAAAGAGAAAGCAAACGAAAGAGUACGAGUACACUGGGAUUCAUAGGAAUGGAAGAAGCACGUAUUCUUUAUGAAAAGCAUAUCCGAUUCCAGCACAUCGCUUUCCUGUUGCUGUGAAAAGGAGCCCAAAUGCUUUCACAAAAUACUUGAACAAUCGCAUUGAUUUAAGCAAUAGUAGUGGAAAUAACUCGAAAUUUAUUCCAUCGAAUAACUUUUUAUAUCGUUUUCCUUAAAUUCAAACGCAAUCAACUACUCGUAUAACAUUUGUUUAUUAAAGUUAUAUAAUGCUACAGCGCUACACAUCAUUCGAAUACGCACAAAGUUGUUAAUGUGGUAUACCACACCAGGCUAUGUGGAAUAACGAUACUGUUCAUUAUGGAAUUUAUUUCCCCUCCCUCAUAGAGGAGGAGAAUCUUGCAAGAGGAUUUGGUCUUAGCCGUUCUCUCAGA